AGACCUGCGGUACCUUGGCGGUAGAGGUGGAGAUGGAUGCAGAGGCGAGAAGGAAGAACCCAGCUUCCUUUUUUAAGAAUCAGUGUGAGCAAGGGAACAGAGCCACGUUAUUUUAGGGAGACUUUGUCGCACUCCCCCUCCCCCGGGUAGGUAGCGUCUAGGAUGUGUGCACCCUGUUCGUAAUCUCCCAUGGAGAGACGCUGGCUGCUGCAGCCGGCAGUAACCCGACCCCGCCGGCUCAGGGACUGAAGAGGCGCCGGGGACAGCAGCGAGAGGUGAACAAAAGCCCUCGGCAAGGGGGCCGGAGCCCGGACCUGGGGGACUCCAACAAAGGACGAGGUUCAGCUAUGGUGGACCCGGUGCCAGAAGAGGAGAAAGAGGGAGCGGAGCCCGGUGGCUCAGAAGGGGAUGAGGCCACAGCGUCCGUGCCCCCCGAUGCCCAGGGAGCCCAGCAGCCUGCUGCCUCCUCGGCCUCCGCCUCCGCGUCGGCGCCCCGAAAGGCUGAAGUCCCCUGCGGGGCAGAAGGUGGGCGUCGGGAGCAGUCUCCGUUGCUGCACCUCGAUCUCUUCAACUUCGCCUGCCCCGAGGCAGAGGGCAGCCGCUACGUCCUGACCAGCCCCCGCUCGCUGGAGGCCUGUGCCCGCUGUGCGGUCAAGCCAGUGGAGCUGCUGCCUCGGGCCCUGGCCGACCUGGUGCGCGAGGCCCCGGGCCGCUCCAUGCGCGUGGCCACCGGCCUGUACGAGGCCUACGAGGCGGAGCGCCUGGCCAAACUGCAGCAGUGCCGCGCCGAGCGCGAGCGCAUCAUGCGCGAGGAGAAGCGGCGCCUGUUCACGCCCAAGGGUCCGGCGGCAGCUCCGGCCUCGGCCUCAGCCUCGGCGUCGGCCUCGGCGCUGAGCGCGGGCAGCAGCAGCAGUUGCAGCAGCAGCAGCAGCCUCCCGGCCUCGCCCGCCUCGCGAGUUGCUCGAAGGACUUCUCCCAGUCCGCCCGCCAGGAGCCGGCCUCCGCCCGCGGGUUCUCGGACAGGUCGGAAGAGCCACUCGCUGGACUCGCUCUCCCGCCGGCGGGACGGUGCCCUGAGCUCCGAGUCCGGCGCCUCGUCGUCGUCCUUCAGCGGGGAGAGCCUUCGGGAGCUUCGCUGGCCACCUCGAGCUUCAGCCAGGAACAGCUGCCCCGCGGGCUCGGCGUCGUCUGCACCCAACCCGCUAGGCCGCCCUUCGGCCCUUGCUCUGGUUCCACUCACGGCCCGCAGCUUCAGCCUCGGGGACCUGAGCCACUCGCCGCAGACCGCUCAGCAUGUGGAGCGCAUCGUCCGCCAAGUGCGCGCCGAGCGAGGCCUGCGCGGGGUACCCGAGCGCGACCGGAAGAUCGCCGCCCUCAUGCUGGCCCGGCACCAGGAAGAGCGCCUGUUGCUGGAGCAGCGCGCCGCGGCCCACGGCCAGUGGGAGCAACAGCGCGUGCGCGCCGAGCAGCGGCGGGAGCGCGAGGAGCGCGAGAAGCAGCGCGCCCUGGAGCAGGGCCGGCGGGCUUGGGCGGCGCAGGUAGAGGAGCGGCGCGGCCGCCGGGGCCGGGAGGAGCGCGAGGCGGCGCGGAGACGGCAGCAGCAGUGCGAGCGCAGCGAGGAGCGCCGGCGGGAGCUGGCGGAGCGUCAGGGCCUGCUGCGGCGGGAACGGGUUGAACGCGCCGCGCGUGACGACCGGCUGCGCAAGCUGCAGCAGGAGCAGAACCUGAAGCAGAGGGAGGAGGGCCUGCAAGAGGGGCGGGAGCGCGCGGAGCUGGUCCGCAGGGAGCGCGCCCAGCGAGCGGCGCGCGCCAGACAGCGCCAAGAGGGCCAGCUGCAGCGCGAGAAGCGGGAGCUGAGCCGGGCCGAGCGGGCGCGCCACGAGGCGCUGCUUCGAGGCCGAGUCCGGCAGCAGCAGGAGGAGCGGGAGGGCCUGCGGAGCUCCCUGGAGGCCAGCUUGGGCCGUGCCCAAGAAAACUACGAGCAGCUGCAGGAGCAGCGCGCCCGGGAGCUGCGGGAGCGCGCGCGGAGAGAGGAGCUCCAGGGCCGGCGGGCGAAGGAAGCGGCCGAGCGCAAAGAGCGGGAGCAUCAGGCUCACUUGGAGGCCCUGGCGCGGGCGGGAGAACGACGGCUGCAGCACGCGGCGCAGGUGGCCGAAGAGGCGAUGCAGCAGAAGGCCCGGCGCGUGGUUCAGACUCGCCUGGAGAAGGAGAGGGCCCAGCGUGCCAACAAGGAGAAGGUGGAGAGAGACGAAGACUGCCGCCGCCGGGAACUGCUGCAGGCCAUUGGGCGCAAGCUGGAGCGUAGCGAGCAGCUCUCUCGAGAACGGCGAAGUGCACUGGAGAGCGCUCGCUCCACGGCCCGGGCCUCCUUCCAUGUGCGGGAGAAGGUGCGGGAGGAGACCAACACGCGCUCUUUUGAUCGCAUGGUGCGAGAGGCCCAGCUACAUGCCAGCCUGGACCGCAAAUGACAGCUGCCCUGUGCAAGCCAUGCUGCUCUAUCUAGCCCCGUGUGGCCUCCCUUAGUCUCUUUGACCAAACUCCAGGCAUCUCCAAUCCGGGUUGCCACACCAUGAACUCUCCAGACUAAUGAACCGUCAGGCACUGAGAAACCAGACAUGGUAUUUUUCCAUCUGCCACCAUUGUUUUACAGACUUUGCUUGGAAAUGACAUGGCACAGUCUACCCACAUCCACUUGUGACUUCGGGUUGGAAUAGAAAGUUAGCUGGAAGAGAGAGGGUCCCCGUAGGAGAGAGCACAGCGGCCAACGUGGGGCUCUCUGCCACAGCUGCCUUGGGCAUCUUUCUAGCAUUUGUGUCCAAGACGAUUUAAGUUGCAGCAGCUGAGGGGAUAUCUCCCAGACUCACCUUUAUCUUUGAAAAUACAAGUUGCACAGAACUUGAAAGUUUCCCAAGAAAGCACAGCUCUUCUAAGACGUUAGUUCAUGCACAAGCGACUACAAAAGCUAUUGCUGGACUAUUAAUUGGACAUGUGAACAAAUUAUCCUGUUCCCAUAAUAUUUUCAGUUGAGUCCCUAGGCUUUCUAGUUAGACAAUCAUCUACAGAUAGUAAUCACUUAUUCUCCCAAGUGGUGUAGGGAGCGGGUUGGAUCGGUGAUGUUGUUUAGCUUUAAUGGAAGCCCUCCAUCCUCCAUCUCCCUGGAGGUGAUGUUUUCCUUAGGCCGCAGUGUUCCACAUGAGGCUUCCAUGGAAGGUGAUAUAUUUCAGUGGAGGCAGUGUCUGAUGCCCACUUCCCUGUGUGGGGCCAGCUCCUGCAGACAGAAGCCAUUGCCUUAUGAAGCAGAGCUACCUUCUGUGCCUGCCCAGGCCACUCUUGCCUAAAGCUCCAGCCUUGAAUGCAGUCUGGAGGGUGAGCCCUGGAGUGUGUAGGAUUCCCUCUGUGACUUAGUUCAGUCCUCUGAGGACAAUUUAGGAUCCUUGGCUGCUUGCCUGUGGUAGCUGAAGGGUUAGAAUUGCCUCUGUGUUGAGCUGUGCUAUUGUUGGUAGGGUAUCUCUCAUCCCUGGGGUGGGGCAGGGAAAAGGAGUCUUCCCGCUUUAAAUUCCUGGUACCCCCUCACUUAUACCUGAAGUAUUUAAUCAGUCUCUUGGUGCCUCACCUUUCCCAUCUGCUAGAUGGGGCCAUCAGAACUCUUCUGGUACCUCAAGGUCUCCUGGAUCCAAAGCAUUACUUCAGUGUUAUUUGUUGGUCUCCUUUGUGCCUUUCUUGACCUGGAGUUGGGAGGCAGGAGGACUGCUAUUAGCCUAGUUUGUUUCUGGUAAUAUGGAUUGCUGGCAUUAGACAGAGCAGUGCAUCACUGACAGAUGGCCAUUUAGCAUCCAAGGUGUGUGUGAGGUGGGGAGGGGUACUUGUAAUACCAAGCCCUUCCCUGGUCAGAAGGUUCAGUUAUCACUCAGCAAUUUUAACCCGUAGAAUGCUCCUUCCCCCACUCAGAUCACCUAUCAGCUGUCUCCACCAGGGAAGGUGGAAAGACAGCCAUCUUCUUUUACAUCAAGGUCAGGAAGUAAAGACCUUACCAAAAAGAAAGGAAUCAGGGUAGAGGUGUACCGCGUUAGAUGUGUUUUUGUGUCUACUCUGCUGGCAGAAUCAUCCCUAAAAUGACUGGCUAUUGUCCACAUCCCUCAUUGACCCUACCCCAUCACACACUUAGAGGAGUCUCGUGUAGAAGAAAGCUGUGUUUAGGUGUCACGUGUGAGAUAAUGUGGAACCAGGAAAGGAACUAUAUACCAAGGCUUGCUUCUUGAGCGGGUGGGUUCUCCCUUAAAUUUCCUUGUCGGUGAGCUGUAAUAACUGGUGUUGUCUCUGAGACAGGAGCCUUUAACUAAAAGGUUAAUGUGAUUA